AUGUCAAGAAAAAAUUUGCCUUGUCCAUUUUCUGUAAGUGAAGAAUGUUUGAACCUGGCAUGUGUCUCAAUUAAAAGGUUAAGACAGCACUGUAUUGAAAAAAACGGCUAUGAAGAAUGUGAAGAACAGCUAACGUUUAAUGAUAUGACAGGAAAACUUGCUAAUAGUGUCACCCUGAAGAGAAUCUUAGAUGAUAUUCGAGAUUCUACAAGUAAUGAACUUACUCGCAUUCAUCUUGUGACAAGAAAAGAUUUGCAAAAUAUCAAGUGUGCAUACAACAUUCAGGAAAAGAAGAAAUAUCAACCUGAAGAUAAGAUCAGUGUGCAGCUAUGGGUAAAUAAAAUGAAAACAUUAGAACAGUCUCCAGUUUUAUAUUUUAAACAGCAAGGGGAAGUUGAUGCUCAACAGAAACUUAGCAAAGAAGAUUUUAUACUGAUAAUCAUGUUACCAAUACAACAAGAAUUAUUAAAGAUGCUAGGACAGCAGAUGAUCUGUGUGGACUCCACUCAUGGCACUAUUGCAUAUGAUUUUUAUGUUAGUACUAUAUUAACAGUUGAUGAAUUUGGAAGUGGUCUACCAUGUGCAUACUGCUUAAGCAAUCGAAUCCACACAACCACGUAUUCUUUGUUUUUUGCUGCUGUCAGAGAAAAGCUUGAAAAACUGGAAACCAUUGUUUUUAUGUCUGAUGAUGCCUCUGCAAUUUACAAUGCAUGGAAAGAUAUUAUGGGUCCUGCUACACAUCAGUUAUUGUGCACAUGGCAUGUAGAUAGGGCUUGGCGUAAAAAAGUUGUCACAUCUUUCCCUGUUAAGGUUACACAAGAACUUAUAUACAAGAUGCUACGAGUUCUUCUUAAAGAACAAAUCCAGAAAAAUUUGAAAAUCUGA